GGCCGGAAGAGGCAGAAGGCAGCUGCUGAGGCAGAGACUGGGGAGUGUUACCGCUCGCCUUUCCGCAAACCCUUGGCCCCGCUGACCAACAGACCCCACUGCCUGGACAGCAGCCAGCACGAGGCUUUUAUCCGCAGUAUUUUGUCCAAACCCUUCAAAGUCCCCAUUCCAAAUUAUAAAGGGCCCCUGGGCUUGCGCUCCCUGGGAGUCAAACGGGCAGGAGUGAGGGGUCCUCUCCAUGACCCAUUUGAGGAGGGAGCUCUGGUUCUGUACGAGCCCCCCGUGCUGAGUGCCCAUGACCAGCUGAAAAUAGACAAGGACAAGGCACCUGUCCAUGUCGUGGUGGAUCCUGUCCUCAGCCGUGUUUUACGACCCCAUCAGAGAGAAGGGGUGAAAUUCCUCUGGGACUGUGUGACGAGCCGGCGGAUCCCUGGGAGCCAUGGCUGCAUCAUGGCAGAUGAAAUGGGGCUGGGCAAAACUCUGCAGUGCAUCACACUCAUGUGGACGCUGCUCCGGCAAAGCCCGGACUGCAAGCCCGAAAUCGAGAAAGCCGUGGUGGUGUCUCCCUCCAGCCUGGUGAGAAACUGGUACAAUGAAGUAGAGAAAUGGCUGGGGGGAAGGAUCCAGCCACUGGCCAUUGAUGGAGGCUCCAAAGAAGAGAUUGACCGUAAACUAGCUGGCUUUAUGAACCAGCAUGGCCGGCGAGUGCCCUCACCUAUCCUGAUAAUCUCCUACGAGACCUUCCGACUGCACGCCGAGGUGCUGCAGAAGGGCACUGUGGGGCUGGUCAUCUGUGAUGAGGGCCAUAGACUGAAGAACUCUGAAAACCAAACCUACCAGGCUCUCAACAGCUUAAACACACCUCGACGAGUCCUUAUCUCAGGCACUCCUAUUCAGAAUGACCUGCUGGAGUAUUUCAGCCUGGUGCACUUUGUCAAUUCAGGCAUCCUGGGAACUGCACAGGAAUUUAAAAGACAUUUUGAAAUGCCCAUCUUGAAAGGAAGAGAUGCAGAUGCAAGUGAAGCUGAGCGACACAAGGGAGAAGAGAGGCUUAAAGAGCUAAUCAGUAUUGUGAACAGGUGUUUGAUUCGGAGAACUUCAGACAUCCUGUCCAAAUACCUGCCAGUGAAGAUUGAACAGGUGGUCUGCUGCAGACUGACACCUCUGCAGACUGAGCUGUACAAGAACUUCCUGAAGCAAGCCAAGCCAGUGGAGGAGCUGAAGGAGGGCAAAAUCAGUGUUUCAUCUCUGUCUUCCAUCACGUCCUUGAAGAAGCUCUGUAAUCAUCCUGCUCUUAUCUAUGAUAAGUGUGUAGAAGAGGAAGAAGGAUUUAUUGGAGCCCUGGGCUUGUUCCCUUCUGGCUACAGCACCAAAUCUGUGGAGCCCCAGCUUUCAGGAAAGAUGCUGGUUUUGGAUUACAUCCUUGCUGUUACCAAAAGCACCAGUAAUGACAAGGUGGUUUUAGUGUCUAACUACACUCAGACACUGGAUCUAUUUGAAAAGCUCUGCCGGAGUAGAAGGUAUCUGUACGUGAGGCUGGAUGGCACCAUGUCCAUUAAAAAGAGAGCGAAGAUCGUGGAGCGGUUCAACAGCCCCUCGAGCCCUGAGUUCAUCUUCAUGUUGAGCAGCAAAGCAGGUGGCUGCGGUUUGAACCUGAUCGGGGCCAACAGGCUGGUGAUGUUUGACCCCGACUGGAACCCGGCCAACGACGAGCAGGCCAUGGCUCGGGUGUGGAGGGACGGCCAGAAGAAGAUGUGCUACAUCUACCGACUGCUCUCGACAGGGACCAUAGAGGAGAAGAUAUUCCAGCGCCAGACCCACAAGAAGGCCCUGAGCAGCUGCGUGGUGGAUGAAGAGCAGGAUGUAGAAAGGCAUUUCUCCCUUGGGGAGCUGAAGGAGCUCUUCACACUGAAUGAGACCACCACCAGUGACACCCAUGACAAGAUCAAGUGUCGGCGCUGUGUGAACGGGCACCAGGUGCGGCCCCCUCCCGCCGGCUCCGACUGCACGUCGGACCUGUCGCAGUGGCAGCACUGCGCGGACAGGCGCGGCCUGCAGGACCCCGUGCUGAGGGCGGCCUGGGAAGCUGCUGUCACCUUCACCUUCCAUCACCACUCCCACGAGGAGCAGCGAGGGAUUCCCUGACAGGUUACUGUCCCCUGUGGGGACAAGGGCAGGCUCUGUGGCAGCCUGCCCCACUUGGAUCCCUUUCAAGGAAAGGGCAGUGGGCAGCUGUGCGUGCUGGACUCUCGUGUGGCUGUGGGAUAGCAGAACAGUGUGGCGCUGGAGUGGCUGCAAGGCCCUUGGCCCUUGCUGCAGCAAGGAGUCCGUGGCUUUUUAUUUGCUGUUGAAUUGUGUGCCUGAAAAACAGCCCCUUGGGAACUGGGAAUAAUGGGACCUUGCAUGCUUGAUCACAUUUAGCACUGGUUCUCCUGCCUUUGGUAUUUGUGCCUUCUACUCAGCCAGAUUUUGUCUUCAGGGUUAAGUUGAGCCAGGAGUUUUAUAGCACUUGAUGUGCAGUCAGGUUUUUUUCUUUGACAGCUCUGGCUUACAGUUGCUGAUCAAAACUUGCAGGAUCUAUUUUUGCUGUGAAAUGUGAGCCUUGCUGAUUACUUGGGAAGAGGAGGAUUUUGUACAGGGGGAAAAAAUUUUAGCUCAUAUGUCAAACAUCUGGCCUGAAAAAGAUCAUGAAAGCAGUAGGAAAUCAGGCUCUAUUCCAGUAACUCCAUUUCUAAAACCACUUGCUUUGUUAUGGGCAGCAUCCCCUUAUCUGGCAGUGUUUUAAUGAGAUCACAUUACAUGACAGUAAUAAAAUUCACUUUGGUACAUUA